GCACGACCCUUGGUCCUUUCCAUAGAACAGUCAGACGGCCAGUGCUGUAUCACUGUCCCUCUCGCUCGAGUUCUACUGCCACUGCUGCAGACACACUCACCAUGGACCCAAAAGAAGAGAAGCAGUCGGGCUUGACUGUGUCCCCCGACCUCAAUCGCUCCAUCGAUGAGGAUCCCUUGGCGGCCACCCAGAAGACUUUCUGGGAGCGCAGUUGGCCCACCUUUGCCUGUGGUGCUGGUCUUUGGUCCGAUGGCUAUCUGCAAUACGUUAUCGGAACGGUCAACACCAUGCUAGAUCGGAUAUAUCCCGACGUCUACGCAGGUUCCAGCUACAGUCAGAAUGUCUCCUCGAUCGCCUUUGCCGGAACGGUGGUGGGAAUGCUGGUCUUUGGGUACAUGUCCGACCACUGGUCCCGCACCAACACCCUGAUGGUCUCGACCGUUAUUUUGUUCGUGUUUGGGGCGCUCUGUGCCGGGGCGUAUGGAGCCAGUGGCAGUCUCACCGGCAUGUUCACAGCCUUGACCGUCUAUCGCUUCUUUCUUGGCUUGGGUGUGGGCGGCGAGUAUCCCGCCGGUUCUGUGGCGGCGGCGGAGAGCAGUGGAGAGAUGAAGAAGGGCCAGCGCCACCGAUGGUUCAUUCUGUUCACCAACUUCCAGCUCGAUCUGGCCUCGGUCGCCUCUUCGCUAGUCCCCAUGAUUGUCGUGCUGGCCUGCGGUGAAAACCACCUUCGUGCCGCCUGGCGCAUCUGUUUGGGUCUCGGAGUCAUUCCUCCGCUCAGUCUGAUCUACUUGCGGAUGAAGCUCAAGGAACCGACCGAGUACACGCGCGAGAAGAUGCACAAGUUUCCCAUCUGGCUGAUCGUGAAAUUCUACUGGAAACGCUGGUGCGCGGUCUCUCUGAUCUGGUUCAUGUACGACUUCUCGACCUAUUCCUUCAGCAUCUACUCCUCCCAAUGGCUGGCGCUGAUCAUUGGCGAUGAUUCGCCCCUGUGGAUCUCCCUCGGUUGGAACACCUUGAUCAAUGUCUUUUACCUGCCCGGAUCGGCUUUAGGGGCGUUCUUAAGCGACUGGUAUGGCCCUCGCAACACCCUGGCGGGAGGUGUUUUCGUCCAGGGCGUCAUUGGCUUGAUCAUGACGGGAUGCUACCCGUACCUAAAUACCAAAGAAUACGUGGGCGCUUUUGUCGUCAUCUAUGGUAUCUUCCUGGCUAUGGGCGAAGUCGGCCCUGGUGACAACAUCGGUCUCUGUGCCGCCAAGACGUGCGCCACACCGAUCCGGGGGCAGUACUACGGCACUGCCGCCGCCAUGGGCAAGGUGGGCGCCUUUGUGGGCACCUAUGUUUUCCCGGUGAUCGUCAAGAACGCGCCCAACAAGAUCCGCCAGGGUCAAGACCCCUUCUAUGUCUCCAGCGCGCUCUGCAUCUUCAGCGCCUUUUUAGCUUACUUCUUCCUGCCCAAUAUCACUCAGGACACCAUCACCCACGAGGAUGCGCGAUUCCGCCAGUAUCUCGAGGCUCAUGGCUAUGAUACCUCCACCAUGGGCUUGUCCGCCACCGACUCCGAGUGAACUGAUUGAAAUGAUUGAAAAGUAGACUUUUGGGGGGUACGCUACGACUUCGAUGUUUUAUGUUGAGGGAAAUCUGCCU